AGUAUCUCCGCGCGUGACGUCACGGGCGCUCCGCGGCGCGCGGGCCCGGCUCCAUGGUGGAGCAGGAGAGGCUGCGGCGGCUCCUGAGGCUGGUGCAGGAGGGAAACCUGGCUCUCCUGCGGGAUGAGCUGAGGCUGGAUGAGGUUCCAGAGGCUCGCAGCUGGCGCUGGGGACGUUUGGGAGAUUCCCUGCUGCACCACGCAGCUCGUUUGGGACACCGGGACGUGCUGGAAUUCCUGGUCCUGGAGGUUGGGAUGGACAUGGAGGUGGCCAAUGGGGACUACAAGAGACCCCUCCAUGAGGCUGCAUCCAUGGGGCACCUGGAAUGUGUGUCCUUCCUCCUGGAGAGAGGGGCCAGCGUGGACUGCUUGAAAAAGGCUGACUGGACUCCCCUGAUGAUGGCUUGCACCAGGCAAAACUUGGAAGUGAUCAAAACCCUGGUGGAGCACGGAGCCAACCCGUUGUUGAGGAACAAGGAUGGCUGGAACUGCUUCCACAUUGCCAGCAGGGAAGGGCACCCCGAGGUGCUCCACUACCUCCUGGAUGUGUCCCCAAGCUGCUGGGACACCGAGAGCACCACGGGGAGAACGCCUCUGCACACAGCAGCAAUGCACGGCUGUUCCCAGGUCGUGGAGCUGCUCCUGGAACGGUGCCAGUACAGAGGUGACAGCAGGGACAGCUGUGGGGUCACUCCCUUCAUGGAUGCUCUCCAGAACGGGCACGUUGGCAUCGCCAGGCUGCUCCUGCAGAGACACCAGGCCUGUCCCACAGCUGGGGAUGCCCUGGGAGCUCAGGCCCUGCACAGGGCAGCUCUCACAGCCCAGGAUGGCUCCAUCCACUUCCUGGUGGCCGAGCUGGGCCUGGAUGUCAACGGGACAGCGACGUCCCUGCAGCUGCUAGCCCUGCACUACGCAGCCAAGGAAGGACAUGGCCACACCAUCCAGACCCUGCUGUCCCUGGGCGCUGAUCUCCACGCCAAGGAUGGGAAGGGCCGUUCUGGAGCUCCGAUGCUGCCUCUUCCCCAUCAAAUUUGGCUGGAACGAUCCUGUUGGAAGCAGGUUGGAUGGACAAACACAGGGAUUGAGCUCUUCAGCCUCAAUUCCUCAGCAAACAGCCUGGAAAUGGCUGAUGAGCAAAUAACACCAGAGAGCUGGCACGGAAAUGGAGUUGCUAUAGCGAUGCCGGAGAGUCGGCAUUCCCGGCGGGAGAGGCUCAGGCAGCUCUUGCAUCAGCAUCUCCCAAAAAAAGAAAUUAAAAAUUCAAAUUAAAAAAAAAAAAAGAUAAACGUGGUUCAGCCAUUGCCCAGAUUGUCACAUUCCCCAGCCCUGGCUUUGGUUAAAGCCAUGUUCCAGCAGUGCCAUCUCUCCCUCCGCCCCCUCAGUGACUAAAUCCGAGCUCUGCUGAGCCCAUCCAACCCUGGCAUGUUUUUUCCUGUGGCUCCUCCUUGGCUGGGUUUGGGUCACUGCGUCCUUGGGAAGCUUCUCAUCCACAUCAGGAUUACCCAGAGGGAUCAGGAUGCCUCCUUUGGAUCACAUGGAAGGAGGAUUUUUAACAGUGAGAGUGGGCAGGGGCUGGGCUGGCAUUGCCAGAGCAGCUGGGGCUGCCCCUGAUCCCUGCAAUGCCCAAGGCCAGGCUGGAGCAGCCUGGGAUGGUGGGAGGUGUCCCUGCCAUGGCAGGAGGGUGGAGCUGGAUGAUCCCAAACUUAAUCCUGCUAUUCUAUCCCAACCCAGAAACCAUCCAGGUGGGACUGGAUGAUCCCAAACUCAAUCCUGUGAUUCCAUCGCAACCCAAAACCAUCCAGGUGGAACUGAUGAUCUUUAGGAUCAGACUCAAUGACCCCAAAUUUAAUCCUGCAAUUCCAUCGCAACCCCAAAAACCAUCCAGGUGGAACUGGAUGAUCUUUACCUGGAUAAUCCCAAACUCAAUCCUGCGAUUCCAUCCCAACCCCAAAACCAUCCAGGUGGAACUGGAUGAUCUUUAAUUGGAUGAUCCCAAACUUAAUCCUGUGAUUGUAUCCCAACCCCAAAACCAUCCAGGUGGAACUGGAUGAUCUUUAAAAUCAAACUCAAUAAUCCCAAACUCAAUCCUGCGAUUGUAUCCCAACCCAAAACCAUCCAGGUGGAACUGGAUGAUCUUUAACUGGAUGAUCCCAAACUCAGUCCUGGGAUUCCAUCCCAGCCCCAAAACCAUCCAGGUGGAACUGGAUGAUCUUUAAUUGGAUGAUCCCAAAUGUAAUCCUGUGAUUCCAUCCCAACCCCAAAACCAUCCAGGUGGAACUGGAUGAUCCCAAAGUCAGUCCUGUGAUUCCAUCCCAACCCCAAAACCAUCCAGGUGGAACUGGGUGAUCUUUAAGAUCAGACUCAUUAACCCCAAACUCAAUCCUGCGAUUCUGUCCCAACCCAAAACCCCAAACCCCUCCAUAACCCCACAGUGCCGAGCCCCAUUUUCCCCCCUGUCCCCGUUUAUCCCCCUGGGGAUGCAUUUCCUGCAGAGCAGGGUGGGGCAGGCCCAGGAGGUGACAGGGUGCUGCUG